AUGGCUUCUUUGUCUUUUUUCAACGCCAUGGUAACUUUGGCUCUCUUAAUUAUGCUUUUCAUGGGGAGCUCCAAUGCUCAACUUUCCACAGAUUUCUACUCUAAAUCUUGCCCACAUCUCUUUUCAACGGUUCAAACUGUUGUUCAAUCUGCCAUAAACAAAGAGACACGAAUGGGUGCAUCAAUUGUUCGUCUAUUCUUCCACGACUGUUUUGUUAAUGUAAUUUCUCUUGCCACUGAUUCCUCAUUCGAA